AUGAGAGAAAAUCAGACGAGAUUAUUUCGAGCGUCCGAGAUUCCCACCAACACCUCUGGCAGCUCCGCCGGCUCUGGCUCAGGCGAUUUUCAUCAGUAUCGUCAAAUGAGACGAAAAGAGCAAGACCGGCUGAUGAGGAUGGAUGCUGACUUCCAGAAAAGGAAAGAAGUAGCUGAAUUCAACCAAAGAAGGGAAGAAAGACUAAAAGCAGCCGAGGAACGCACGGCGAAAAAGCGCCUAAAACGACAGAAGAAAAAACAGAAAAAGAGAGCAAAAACGGGCAAAUCGGAUGCUGCAGGUGAACAAGACCAUCAGAAGGAACAACAAUCUUCAGAUGAGGAUGGAGACAUGGAUAAUGUGGAAACCUAG